AUGGAUCACCGUGACGAUGCAAUUGGUCAGCCGGUCAUUAAAGAUCCAAACGGCGAAGGUCCGAUCAUACUCAAAUUGCGGCACGGCCAAGAGGUAGACUUCACGUGCAUAGCGAAGAAGGGCAAUGCCAAAGAGCAUGCGAAAUGGGGUCCCACGGCGGCCGUUGGCUUCGAAUACGAUCCCCUGAACAAGCUCAAGCACACGACGUACUGGUUCGAGGAGAACGCUGAGGAAGAGUGGCCAGUCGAUGAGCGCAAUGCGCAGUGGGAAGACCCAGAGGAGCAAGCAGACGCCUCCGUGAACCCCGACGCGAAGCCCAGCGCCUUCUUCUUCGACGUUGAGAGUGUCGGCAUGCUCGAACCAGACGACAUCGUCGCGGAAGGGGUGUACGCUUUGCAGCUGAAGCUCAGUCAGCUGAGAACCGCACUCGACCCCCAAGGCACUGCUGUCAAUGGCGACGAGGAUGGCGACUACAACCCUCCAGCCGACUUUGGCGCUGGCGAUUACGGCAAUGGGUACGGUGGCUACGGGGGAAACGGUGAUUAUGGUGCACCUGCAAUGAAUGGCGGCGGUUAUGGAUAUGGGGGCGCAGGGCAUUGA